CUCGGUGUCCUUCUUGCGGCCCGCGCCCUCCCUGGCUGGCUUCAUUCCUCUUGUCUUCCAGGACUGCAUCUGCGUUGCCCAGGUAGGUGGAUGUGAGAGGCCCGGUCCUGUUGGUUCUCCAGAGGCCACCCUGUCGGUGCGGGCACCAUGCUGUCUCCUCAGAGGGCCUUACUCUGCAACCUCAACCACAUCCACCUCCAGCACGUCUCUCUGGGUCUGCACUUGUCCCGCCGGCCGGAGCUAAGGGAGGGGCCUUUGAGCACUUCCCCUCCCCCAGGCGACACCGGAGGCAAGGAGAGCAGCGGCCCCUGCAGCGGGACCCUGGUAGACGCCAACUCCAACAGCCCAGCUGUGCCCUGCCGAUGCUGCCGGGAGCAUGGGCCAAGCCUAGAGAAUCGGCCUGACCCGUCACAGGAGGAGGGUGCGGCCUCUCCCUCUGACCCCGGCUGCUCAUCUUCGCUCAGCUCCUGCUCUGACCUCAGUCCGGAUGAGUCCCCCGUUUCCGUCUACUCUCGGCACCUGCCUAACGAGGAGGAUGCUCAGCCCCAGCCCAGCAUCGUCCCCUUGGACCAGGGCUCCCCACUGGCUUUGGCGGGCCCGGGCACCUGUUCCCCAGACAGCUUCUGCUGCUCUCCCGAUUCUUGUUCCGGAGCGUCCUCCUCGCCCGGGCCUGGCCUCGACUCGAACUGCAACGCCCUGACCAUUUGCCAGGAUCUCCCUUCCCCGGGCCUGGAGGAAGAGGACGACAGCGGAGAGCAAGAUCUCCCCACCUCCGAGCUGUCCGAGGUGGAGGAUGGGAAAAUCGAUGCCGAGAAAACAGAGCCCAGUUGGAAAAUUAACCCCAUUUGGAAAAGUGAUACCGAUAAAACUGACGCUGCAUGGAAAGUCACUGAGAACAAUAACUCUGGUUGGAAAAUCAACGGAAAUCCUAACUCUGGCUGGAAAACGGAACCUGGACAAUUCAGUGGUUGGAGCAGCAACACAGGAAUAACCGAUUCUGGCUCGAAAACAGACGCUGGGAAAACUGAGGCGGGAUGGAGGAAUGACGUUAGCGAGGAGCCGGCACCCCACCGGACCAUCACAUCCUUCCACGAGCUGGCCCAGAAGCGCAAGCGGGGCCCGGGGCUGCCCCUCGUGCCGCAGGCCAAGAAGGACCGCAGCGACUGGCUCAUCGUAUUCUCGCCCGACUCCGAGUUGCCCCCCAGCGGAUCACUGAGCGGCUCCUCUGCAACUCCCCGCGAGACCACUACCUUCAAGGAACUCAGGUCCCGCAGCCGCGCCCCGCCCCCGCCGGUGCCGCCCCGGGAUCCUCCGGCUGGCUGGGCCCUGGUCCCGCCCCGCCCUCCGCCCCCACCAGUCCCUCCCCGAAGAAAGAAGAACCGGCCGGGGCUGCAGCCCAUUGCAGAGGGGCAGCCCGAGGAGGGAAGGGCGGCGAGCCCCGCGGCGGGCGAGGAAGUCCCAGCCGCGCAGGAGGUAGAGCAGCCCGGCGCGAGAGCGGACUCGGAGGCCGGUCCCCUCCUGCUCUCGGGGCCCCAAGUUUUCCGGUUCUCGGCCGACGGGCGCCCCCUGUUGGAGGGUGGGGGCACGGGCGCAGCUGGGUCCUUGCUCCUGGCACCUCUGGCCGGGUGGCCCGGCGCCCGGCUGCGGCUGCUGGGGGGACAGAGCUCCCCCGAGGAACAGCUGCUUCCGGCCCGCCUGUCCCCAGUGGGAGCGUAUUCACCCCCUACUCGCGGUGCCCUGCCCUGCCUGGCCAGCCCCGAGCUGGCGCUGCUGCUCUCCCCGCUCUUCCCCAGAAGUAGCACCUUCCCCGCCGCGUCCCCCCCGCCCCGCCAGGUGCCCGCCCCCCCGCCACUUCGGCCACCGCGUCCUCAGAAGGCCACGCGCUGGACCUGGAGCCCGCCGCCUGCGCCCAGGCUACUACGUAGUUCCUGGUCAUUCGCCGGUGUCCCCGGGGCCCAGCGCCUGUGGAUGGCAGAAGCCCAGAGUGGAACUGGGCAACUGCAGGAGCAGAAGAAAGGUCUCCUGAUAGCUGUCAGCGCCUCAGUGGACAAAAUCAUCUCGCACUUCGGGGCUGCCCGGAACUUGGUUCAGAAGGCCCAAUUGGGAGAUAGCCGGCUGAGCCCGGAUGUGGGGCACCUGGUGCUGACUACCCUUUGCCCGGCCCUCCACGCCCUGGUGGCUGAUGGACUGAAGCCUUUCCGGAAGGACCUCAUCACUGGGCAGCGCAGGAGCAGCCCCUGGAGCGUAGUAGAGGCAUCUGUGAAGCCAGGGUCUAGCACGCGGUCCCUGGGAUCCCUGUACAGCCAGGUCAGCCGACUGGCGCCCCUGAGUAGUAGCCGCAGCCGCUUCCAUGCCUUCAUCCUGGGCCUUCUCAACACCAAGCAGUUGGAACUGUGGUUUUCCAGUCUCCAGGAAGAUACAGGCCUGCUAUCCCUUCUGUAUCUGCCCACGGGAUUCUUCUCUCUGGCUCAGGGUGGCUGCCCAUCCCUGUCCACAGAGCUGCUGCUCCUGCUGCAGCCACUGUCGGUGCUCACCUUUCACCUGGACCUGCUCUUCGAGCACCAUCACCACCUGCCCCUGGGCCCACCUCAGGCUUCUGCCCCUGCAGUCCCACCUCCGACCCUGCAGCAGACUGUACAGGCCAUGCUGCACUGGGGGGGUCGGCUCGCUCAGAGUCUCCGGGGGGCUUCUGGGGAGGCUGCUCCCGAUCCUGCCCCUUUUAGUCCUCCUACAUCAGGAAGCUGGUGGGAGCAGCUGACUCAGGCUUCCCGGGUCUAUGCCUCUGGGGGCACAGAGGGUUUCCCUCUUCCCCGGUGGGGACCCAGGCGUCAUGGAACUACAGCUGAGAAUGCACAGGAAAGACCCCUACCCACAGAGGAAGCGGCACCAGGCAGAGGCAUAUGGCUUGGGAGACUGUUUGGUGUGCCUGGAGGCCCCAUGGAAAAUGAAAGUGGAGCCCAGAAGUCCAGGAGACCAUCCAGCUGGCUGCCCCCAGCAGUGAGUGUGUUGGCCCUGGUGAAGCGGGGGCCACCUCCUGAGACGCCUCCCGAGGAGCUUGUGCCCUCAGCACCCAGUGUGGUGCAGGCCCACAGGGCGGUUCGGGCUCUCUGUGACCACACUGCUGCAGGACCUGAGCAGUUGAGCUUCCGGCGAGGGGAAGUGCUGCGUGUCAUUGCUACAGUGGACGAAGACUGGCUCCGCUGUGGGCGGGAAGGCAUGGAAGGGCUGGUGCCUGUGGGGUACACCUCCCUUGUUCUCUAGCCUUGGAUCCUUUCCUGUGUGUCUCUGUUGUCACCUGGGAAGGGCACGACCCAUGAAUAUUAAUCCAUGUAAACUAACCAUCCCAGAAGCAUUUUUUGCUGCCUGCAAAAUAUUUCUUUCCACAUCCAUUUCUGCUAUUUAAAAUAAAUGUUCCUUCUUCCCUCCAUACCCAUCUGUAAGGUGAAAUCUGCUCUUUCAAACAUGUAAGAAGGAAUUCUCCAUGCCAGCUUCUUUCCUCUUUCCAUGUGUGUCAGGGAACAUCUCCCUUUUGCAGAAUGGAAUCUGGCCCCCCUUCCCUCUUCAAUCCUAAGUGGACUGUGCCAGUUGAGCAAUGCUUCAGUCUGCAAGCCUACAUGGGCGCCAGACCUCCUUCCUCUGUAUGGAAUCUGACUCCCCCAUACAUACCUUGCCUGUAUUUAUGAUGUACUCAUGUUGUGCUAGCUGCUGAAGCCUCGACACCCCUGGUGGGUGAGUCUAUGGUAUUGGUCUAUUUCUUCUUUUGUCCCAAUAAAGUAUGGGAGUUGAA